AUGAUUCGAUGCAUGAUUUUUGGUUCUGGAGUGCCUCUUAUGUAUUGGUCAGAGGCGGCAGAGUAUGCAACCUACAUACUUAACCGAAGCCCCACAAGAUCAAACCCUGGAAGAGUGUCUCCAAUUGAAUUGCUAACGAAAACACAAACAAGCUUAAACGAUAUUGUUGUUUUUGGGUCGCCGUGCAUGGCAUGGCGUGAUCCAAAGAAAAAGUCGUUGGAGCGACACGCCGAGAAGGCGCUAAUACUUAUGAAAAAUGACGAGACGAAAGGUUACAAGAUUUUACUUCUAAAGGACAGAGUGGUAACCAUUACUCGUCACGUGAGCAAUAUUGAAACGCUUAACGAUGAAUCCAACAAGAAAAUUGUUCAAUCUCUAAAGGAUGACGAAGAAGACGAGUCGGAGCAACUCGCUUUGGAACGAACAACUUGUGAAGAAAAUAACAAUCUCUGUAACGAAGAUUGUAAUAAGAAUGAAAUUGAUACACGCAAAAGUAAUGAUGAAUUUGCUGGAAAAAUUGUUCCAAGGAAAUCGGGCCGACGGAGCAAAAAGACACCCAAGGCAGCUGCAUUGAAAAAAGCUGAUUUGUUAACCAAAACUUUAAAUGCACCACGAAUUUUGGAGCUAAGGAAGCAGAUCGGACUAAAAUGA